AGGGGAGGACCCGAGAGACCAGGAACUUCACGGAGCGCCUCUGUCUUUUUUCAUGUCGGCGGCAGAGCCAUUAUGCUCUCGCUACCAUCAUGAGCCACUGGUCUACUUCCCAAGGAGUCGUCCUAACAGCGUAUCAUCCCAGCAGCGGUAGCCGCCGACGCCGCUGCCUCGAGGACGCCCAAGAGGCGCCGGGAGCCGAUGCCGAGGCAAAUGCCGAGGCGUCCCCCUUAAGCCGGAGGUCUGGCCAAUAUACAAUGAAUCAUGAUAACUCUAAGAAGCCUUCGGGGAAGCUCCCUUGCGAGCAUUCAGGAUCUCAAGAUUCACUUGACGAAUUAUCCAUGGAUGACUACUGGAAAGAACUUGAAAAUAUCCAUGAAACAAGAAGUGGUAAUCAUGAAGAACGUGACCCGGUUGUGGUGAAAGAACCUGAUGAGGGUGAAUUGGAAGAAGAGUGGUUAAAAGAAGCAGGUCUAUCCACCCUCUUUGGUGAAGCUGCUGGAGAUUCCCAUGAAAGCAUGGUGGUUUUGGCUACCUUGACGAGAACUCAGGCUAUAGCAGUGCAGAAGCGAGUUGAUACCGUCACCCAGACAAUGAGGAAGAAAAACAAACAGUACCAUGUUCCUGAUGUGAGAGAGAUCUUCAAGCAACAAAAUGAAUCAAUGGAAAAAGAAUCCAGCAUUGAUCACCAGCCUAUAAGAGCAGAAGGGAAAAAGGAAAGUUCACAAAAAGAUGCCAAAGAAGCAUAUGGUCAACAUACUGAUAAUUGUCCAAGAGAAGAUUUGCAACCAGCUGAAACAGACAUUAAUUUGGAAAUAUCAUUUUCUGAACAAGCAGUUAAUCUCAAAAAUAACUCUGUAAGUGAUGUGUUAAAAGACAAAGAAGAUGACACUCUGCUUCCUAACUUCAGAUUUCCAAAGGACAAAACGGGUACAACAAAAAUUGGAGAUCUUGCACCUCAGGAUAUGAAGAAAAUCCAUGCUUUGGCCCUGAUUGAACUGUCUGCUCUUUUUGACAUACUUGGAAUUGAACUGAAGCCACAGAAGGCAGCAAAAACUAAAGUGAAAGGUGAGUUUGUUGAAUUUGGCUUUUGGUUGGUUGGUUGGUUUUGCAAAAUACAUCUUUGGAUAGAUAUUUGGGUAUUUUAAGUUGUAAACAUUAUC